AUACGCGCAAAUAAUACAACCAAAAGAGCCCAUGGAGUGGAAAACUCCAGAGCGCAAAGAGUCAAAUAAGUUAAUAAUCAGCACAAAUGAACAAAGUAGCCACAGAGAGGUGCUACAAAAAGUGAAAAAUGCCACUAAAGAAAUAUGGCAAGACGACGGAUUGAGAAAUAUAAUUCCUCUAAGAAAUGGCAAAAUCGUUCUGCAAUGCACAAGCAAAGAUCAGCAGACACGAAUGAGCAAUGUAUUGAACAAGAGCAAAGAAAUACUAAAAGAAAUGAACGACAAAAAGCCGACAAUUAUGAUAACUGGCGUGAUGAACGGCUACAGCGACGAGGAAAUAAUAGGCCAACUUACAAAUGAAAAUGAAGAGUUAAAUAACACAUUUGGAAGCACAUUAAAGCAAAGGAUGAGGGUACUCUCAAGAAAGACAUGCAGAAACGAAUAUGAAGAGAAUAUAAAAAUAGAAACGGACCAUGAAGUGGCUAAAUAUUUAUUGAAACGAGGUUAUGCAUACAUGGAUAUGGUAAGGCUUCGCAUAGAAGAAAUAAUCGAUGUGUCAUUGUGCUUCAAUUGCCAUAAAUAUGGUCAUGUUGCUAAAUAUUGCAAGGACCAAACAAUAUGCCACAAAUGUGGUGAAAACCACAGGGGCAGUGAAUGUAAAACAUUAAUAUUAGACUGCCCAAACUGUAAAAUCAAUAGAAUACAGAAAGACUUGAGGAGACACACGGCUAUAGACACAAAUUGUCCGAUAUACGGCAGAAAAGUGGCACAAAUACGACAAACUGUAAACUAUGGACAGAACACUACUCAAAGAUAA